UGAGAUAGUUUUAAAAGAGAAUUUGUGCGGCAGCCCGAAAGUCCCCUCAAGGCUCAAACUUAUGUUCCGGCGAGGCAAGGGCCAAGGCUACGCAAAUUAAAAGACCCGGAAAAGAUCGAUCCAGAUUUCACUGCAUACAACAAAGAGGGGAGACACAGAAAGUGUAGUGAGAGAAUUGAGAACGGGUUUUCAAUUGCUGAGGUUUAAGCUUUUGCUGGGUAUACACGUAAAUUAAUAAUCCUUAAAAAGAUUUAAAAUGGUGCAGAAAAAACCCAGUAAGGCUUCAGAAGAUGCAGAAGAACUUACUCACGUUCCUUUGCAAGCCAUUCUUUUGGCCGAUACUUUUGCCACUAUUUUUCGUCCUAUUACUCUUGAACGCCCCAAGGUACUCCUACCCCUUGUGGGUAUUCCGAUGAUAGAAUACUCCUUGGGGUGGCUUGAAUCAGCUGGGGUAGAAGAAGUGUUCGUGUUUUGUUGUGCUCACUCAAGUCAAGUGACCCGUUACUUGGAGAAGUCUCAGUGGUCUAAUCAUCCGAACAUGGCUGUAACAACAAUUGAGUCACAUAAUUCAAUCAGUGCUGGAGAUGCCUUGCGCUUGAUAUAUGAACGCAAUGUGAUACAUGGAGAUUUUGUUCUCAUUACUGGGGACACAAUAAGCAACAUGUCACUUGCAGAGGCAGUUCAGGAACACAAAGAGCGGAAAAAGAAAGAUAGCAAUGCUGUGAUGACUAUGGUAGUAAAAAAAUCAAAGCCUUCAUCAAUUUCUCAUCAAUCACGACUUGGCACAGAUGAGCUUUUUAUGGCAAUCAAUCCAGAUACAAACCAACUAUUGUAUUAUGAAGAAAACAAUGAACAUGUGCGAGGACUUAUAACUCUUGACAAGGCAUUGCUGAAUGAUAAUUCUUCAGUUUCUAUGUAUAAUGAUAUGCAGGAUUGCUACAUUGAUAUUUGUGCUCCUGAAAUCCUAAGUCUUUUUACAGACAAUUUUGAUUAUCAACAUCUUCGUCGUGAUUUUCUGAAGGGACUACUUGUUGAUGAUAUUAUGGGAUACAAGAUUUAUACUCAUCAAAUUCAUUCAAAUUAUGCGGCUAAACUUGAGAACUUUAGAAGCUAUGAUACCAUCAGCAAAGAUAUAAUUCAAAGAUGGACUUAUCCCCUGGUUCCUGACAUCCAAUGUUUUGGAAGUUCUGUUAUUAAACUUGGAAGACAAGGAAUGUACAGUGCAUCAGAUAUAGGUUUAUCGGGGAACGCCAAAAUUGGCCCUUUUACCCUUGUUGGUAAGGGAACUACUAUUGGCAACAAUAGUAAAGUUUCAAACUCAGUUAUUGGGGAAGGGUGCAAGAUUGGCUCAAAUGUUUCAAUUGAAGGUUCAUAUAUUUGGAAUAACGUCACUGUUGAAGAUGGCUGUGAACUAAAACAUGCCAUUUUGUGUGAUGGGGUGGUGAUGAAAGCUGGAUCUACUUUGGAACCUGGUGUCAUUUUGUCGUUCAAGGUUGUUAUUGGGGAACACUUCGUAGUUCCUGCUUACUCAAAGGUUUCUUUAUAUGAACAACCAACUUCGCAAGAUAGUGAUGAAGAGUUGGAAUAUGCAGACAGCAGCAAGGGAUUGACAGAAAUUUCGUCAGUCAAUGCAACAGGGAUGUCAGAUGGUGAGUUGGUGUCCAAAGCAGCUCAAGCUUCAGAGGUUGGUGCGGGUGGUGCUGGCUACAUCUGGUCACCUUCUGAAGGUCGAAAAGAAGAAUGGCGACAUUCGGUUGCACCGAUUCCUGCGGACAAGCUUGCUGACUUGCGGAAGGCAUAUGAUGACUUGGAUUUGACGAAUUUAGAUGUCAACCCUACACCCAACUUGGAUAUAACUUCGGACCCUGAUACUGAGGAUCCCAUGGAUGACUUUGAGAAGGAGGUUGAAGCAACUUUCCAAAGAGCUGUGCAAGAAAAUAUCAAGGAUGACAAUGUUAUAUUGGAAGUAAACUCACUUCGCUUAAGUUUCAAUAUGGCUGCUGCCGACUGUGCUGGAGCUAUAUUCUAUUCAGUGAUGAAGUUGGCUGUAGAAACAGCUCAUAGUUCCAAUGUUGACCUCCAUAAAAGUGUGGCCAAAGUAAUCACAACUUGGAAGAAGCUGCUAAAGUACUACCUAUCAUCUGUGGAUGAAGAGAUUGAAGUGAUACUUAAGUUCGAAGAAAUCUGCUCUGAGUCAGCAAAGGAGUUGUCUCCACUUUUUGCUCAGAUUUUACAUAUUCUAUAUGAUGUUGAUAUCAUUCAAGAAGAAGCAAUACUAGCUUGGGAAUCAGAAAAACAAGAAGCAGAUGAAGCGGACAAAGUGUUUGUGAAGCAAGCUCAAAGUUUCAUUGACUGGCUAAAAACUGCAUCCGAGGAGGACUCCGAGGAAGAGGAAUGAGUUGUGCUUGAUUGCCGAUAGUGUGACGUGGACUAGUACAUAUUGGGACGAGUAACAUUUUGAUACAUAUCCGACCAUGAAGCUCAACACCAAAAUCAGACUAAAGUCGAAGAUUUUUGCGGAUGAUGUACUAACUUAGAUUUGGAGCAAGCAAGAGAUUCGUGUUUACGUCUUUAACAUGAUCAUGUUGAUCUGUUAAUAAUGUACCUUGCUGAGUAACAUGUUGAUUUUUGACUUGACCCGGUAUUAUAAUUGCGUGUUAUGAUGCAAGUAUUUUUGGGAACAGUUGUGUUCAUCAGUUUUGUCUAUGCAUCUUGGUAUUCAUAAUGGUUGUUUUUAACCUCAUUGAGCAAAGAAUGCCCAUGCUUAGUUGUAGAAAAUCGAAUUUUAUCUCAAUUGGAUGAAAUAUCACUUUCUUUUCAAA